UCCCGGAGAGUGACGUUUCAUCCGAAGGGGACAAGGAGGCAGCGAGCGCAGAGCGCCGAGCUCCCAGCCGCUCGUCUGCGCAGCCCGGGUCACCUAGAGCCCAGCCCGCAGACAGGGUCGGCUGGGGCGGAGCUUCCCCACCGCCGCCGGAGCCGGGGCCGGAGCCUGGGCCGGGAGGCAGGGGGGAACGUGUUGCUGAAGUCCAGCGAAGGCGCUUCUGCUUCCCAGCGCCGCCGGGGCUCCGUCCUUGCACCGUGGGCAGGUUCAUCAUGACGGAGAAAUGGGACUCAAACUCUUCAGAAAACUGGCAUCACAUUUGGAGUGUCAAUGACACCAAGCACUCAGAUAUCAAUAUUUUCUAUGUAAACUACUAUCUUUAUGAGCCUCGAGUGGCAGCAAUCUUCAUUAUUUCCUACUCUCUGAUCUUCUUCCUGUGCAUGGUGGGAAAUACAGUGGUUUGCUUUAUUGUCAUGAGGAACAAACAUAUGCAAACAGUCACUAACCUCUUCAUCCUGAACCUGGCAAUAAGUGAUUUACUAGUUGGCAUAUUCUGUAUGCCUGUCACGCUGCUGGACAAUAUUAUAGCAGGAUGGCCAUUUGGAAGCACAAUGUGCAAGAUCAGUGGCUUUGUCCAGGGAGUAUCAGUUGCGACUUCUGUCUUCACUUUAGUUGCAAUAGCAGUGGAUAGGUUCCGGUGUGUCGUCUACCCUUUUAAACCAAAGCUCACUAUCAAGACUGCGUUUGUCACUAUUGUGAUCAUCUGGGUCCUGGCCAUCACCAUUAUGUUUCCAUCUGCAAUAAUGUUACGUAUUCAAGAAGAUAAAUAUUUCCGAGUGAGACUCAACUCCCAAAAUAAAACCAGCCCAGUCUACUGGUGCCGGGAAGACUGGCCAAAACGAGAAAUGAGGAAGAUCUACACCACUGUGCUGUUUGCCAACAUCUACCUGGCUCCCCUGUCUGUCAUCGUCAUCAUGUAUGGAAGGAUUGGAAUUUCACUCUUCAAGAUGACAGUGCCCCACACAGGCAAGGAGAACCAGGAGCAGUGGCAUGUGGCUUCCAAGAAGAAGCAGAAGAUCAUUAAGAUGCUUCUGAUGGUGGCCCUGCUUUUCAUUCUUUCCUGGCUGCCCCUGUGGACUCUGAUGAUGCUCUCAGACUAUGCUGACCUGUCUCCAAGUGAACUGCAGGUAAUCCAUGUCUACGUCUACCCUUUUGCACACUGGCUGGCCUUUUGCAACAGCAGCAUCAACCCCAUCAUUUACGGUUUUUUCAAUGAGAAUUUUCGCCGGGGUUUCCAAGAUGCUUUUCACUUCCAGCUCUGCCAAAGAAGAGCAAAGCCCACGGGAGACUACGCCCUAAGAGCUAAAAACAACGUGGUCAUAAAUACAUCUUGUCAGUUAGCCCAGGAACCUACAAUUCAAAACUCACGUGAGAAAAAUUUGCUUUGUAGGAAAAGUGCUGAAAAACCCAAGCAGGAGUUAAUGACAGAAGAAUUAGGGAAAGCUACCAGAAACAAGGAGAUUUAAAAAGAGCUAGUGUGGGGGCCGGCCCAGUGGUACAGCAGUUGAGUUCGCACGUUCCACUGUGGGUGCCCGGCUUCACCGGUUCAGAUGCCGGGUAUGGACCUGCACAACAUUUGUCAAGCCAUGCUGUGUCAGGCAUACCACAUAUAAAGUAGAGGAAGAUGGGCAAGAAUGUUAGCUCAGGGCCAGUCUUCCUCAGCAAAAAGAGAAGGAUUAGUAGCAGAUGUUAGCUCAGGGCUAAUCUUCCUCAAAAAAAAAAAAGAGCUAGAGUGAUGAUUUUCACUUUACUGUGUGACAUAUAUUGAAAUACUAUUGCUUUCUAUGGCUUUGUACUUCAAUUCUUUCUAAGAAUAUUCUAAAGAAAACAUAUACUGAAAGGCCUCUCUGGAAAAAAAAGUAAACGAAAUGGUCUUGUGUUCAUAACCAUUCUUAUGGUAUAUAAAAGUAUGUACAGUAACACAUAUACAAGUUUUCCUGAAUAAAUCCAUUUUCUAGGAACAGUUUUCAAAGUCUGGCCUUUUCCAACUUAGCCAUUUGUGUACGAGUCAAGUACAUUAUGUGUAUUAUGUGUAUGGAUACACACACACAUAGACACACACUCCUAUUUUCCCCAAAUGGUGAUAAAUGGCAGUUCUUUGCAUGGGAGUAUAUUUUGUCAAUCCUUUCUUUGCUUUAGGAUUUGAAAUUUUAGAUUACAGAAUUAUUUAUCUGUUUGUGCUUUUAAAAUGUACUUAACGUUCUUAGAAAUAAGAACUGCAAUAGAAAAUAAACAAACACUGUAUUGCUUUGUAUUUAAAGGUUUUUUUUUCUGUUAAAGUUGGUAAAAUCAUAACAUUGUUCCAUAGGACUUAUUGUUAGCUUUUUAAUAUUUUCAUAAAUGAAGUUUAUGCCCUAGCCGAACCCACGUUUCUUACAGAGGUGAUUGAGGAUCCCAACUUGACCCCCUUUUUAAUAGAAUCUCUAACACAAAGAAGCAAAUCUUUUAAUAAUAUAGCAAUUGUCACAAGAAUGACAGCUCCCUUUUGAAGUCUUUAAUCAGAGAUGUUCAACAAUUAUCAUAAAACUCCCAUGAAGUUUGUACGGAGCAAGACCAAUUAUUCUGGAUUUCCUACUGGGCCUAACAUUUAAAUCCAGCACUCCUACUAGAUUAGUCGAUUAGUACAACUGUUAGAAAGAGAAUUGGAUUCUGCUGUUACAAUUAUGUAAUGACGAUAGUUGUAAAUGCUAGCUUUUAUUCUAGAUUGAGAUAAGUCCCUAGAAAAUUGGGAAUUAUAAAAUAACAAGUAGUUUGGCAAAUAAAAAUAAAUCUCAGGGCUUGGAACUAUUGUGUUUUUCCAGUCAUUUAUGUAGUUCAAGCUAAAAGCCUUUCAAUAUUAUAGUCCUUUGAGAAAAUAAUUGUUUUUGAUUGAAUUGAGCUAUGUGAUAUUUGAAUAUGCAAGUAUCAUCUCCUGUUAUCAGGGAAAGCAACUUUCUGGAAUUUUAGGUAUAGAAUUGAUCUUACGUUCCUCUGCCCUGAUUUGCUGAAGUGCUAUUUACAGUUGAUGUACUUAGACAUUGAAGAUUAUUUUGUUAGAAACUAUCACUUUCUGACGGGCAUCGUCACAUUCUACCACCACCUGAAACUCAUCAUAACUAAAUCCCAUACCCUUACCUGUCAUCUGUUUACCUUUCAUCACCUUCAACCCCUCAUUACCUCUUCCCUAAUGGCUCACUCUAUCCCAUCUUGACUUUCAGUCUUCAUUCUUUCAAUUCUCUCUAUAGUUGGCAGAGUCAUCUUCCUGAAGUGGAGGAUUAAUUGCCUCUCUUUUGUAAGAAUACCUUUGGAAGUUAUCUGCCUGUUAAGACACUCAAAGCUCACCACAUCCUGGCUCUUUUCUCCUGGUUGCAUCUCUGACACAAAUUGUUUCCUAAACUCCCAACAAAGAUGGUCAAACAGAGAUCGUCAGACUAGAUUAUUGUGUUUUUUCAUUUAUGACUUAUUUUCUGCUUCAUUCCUCUGUCUGCCUGUCCAUCCUUUGUCGAAGGUGUCUUAAAAAGCUACCUCUCUUAGAAAGUCUAUCUGAAUUCUUACAGCAGAAGUAUUUACUCCCUCCCCUAAGCAUUGUGUAACUCUUGUAUGACAAGCUAACUUGUAUUGUGAUUGUUCUGUCUUAUCCUUGCAGCCAAAAUAGAGACUCUCAAAGCCAUGAUGAAUUAAGCCUUACUAGUCUUUUUAUGCCCUGAAAUGUUGAUCACAGUAACAGACAGUCCUAUAUAUAUCCUGGCUAAUUAUCACAGGCAAAGGCCAUCUUGUGGUUGACUUCAGGGAAAUAUGUAACGCUAAAUGAGUAGAUUUCUGCAUAAAGAUUCUAGCACACUUAUUACAUACAAAGGAGAGUUUUUCUGUAAAUUAGAAUAACAACGCUAGAAGAUGAAGAGAGCUAAACGUCUUGAACGUGCAUAGUCACUAAGAAUUUAGAUUCUGGAAUCAUACAGGACUUGCCACCUACCAACUUAGUGAUUUGAACAAAUUUCCCAGGCCUCAAUUUUCUCAUCUGUAAGAUGAGAGUAGCAGUAGUAUCUUCCUCUUGGUUUGCUGUGCUUGUAAAAUGAUGGGGAUAAAAUCUCGUAAAGUAAAAAGCAGAGAGAUUAUCACCUAGUAAGAGCUAAAUUGUUGCUGUUUUGGUUCCACCUAGAAGCAGUUACGGUAGUGUGUAGUAGUAAUUACAAUACUUCACAAUACAUGUUCACAAUACAUGUUUAUUUUAUAUGUUCUGUAACCCUUACAAGAGCACUCUGAAAUAUGCAGUAUUAUCCCCAUUUCACACAUGAGGGCACCGAGUAUAAAAGAAAUUGGUUUGUCCAAAGUCAUGAAGCUUGAAAGUGGUAAAACAAAGUUGUGGCUCAGAUAUGUACAUAUAAUUCCAAAACCUUUUUUUAAACUGUAUCAUCUAUGUGUUGUGUGAAGUUGCUUUGGACUUCUUCAAUAACCAUUUUUCUGACUAUAAAAAUAACAAUUAUAUUAUGUAAAUAUAAAAACAGUUGUUACAAAAAUACAACCUGUUGUUUGUAGAGUUUUCAAGAAAUAUAGACUAGUACAAAAAUUACACAUAAUUCCUCUUCAAGAAAAAAACCCACUAAACCCUUAUUCUAAACAACACUUAAUAAGAAUCCACGAUAACAGGCAUAAUGACCUUUUUGAAAAACAUAAAUUAGAUGCCACUUCUCUGCUUAAAGCCAUGAAUAGUUUCCUUUUGAAUUAGGAAAAAACCAAACUCCUUAUCAAGCCUUACACAUCUUUCCUUUUUCUGCCCUGUCUACUUCUUAACUUCAUCUCAAACCCAACACUCCUUGUUCACACUGCCUGUGUAGCUACACAACCUCCCCAGGACCUUCCCGGCUAUAAUCUGAAACUGGUCCCCCUCUACACAGAGGGCAAGGAGAGACGGAAGAAUAAGACAGACCACUCUGGAUUGGUAGGUGGCAGUUUUAAUGACCAAGGAACUUACAAGACUUGUCUGGGCAGCUGCAAUGCAAGUAGUUUUCCGCACCCACCUUCCAAAUCUUAAAAGUUUAUAGAGGCCUUAGCUGGAUUCAGUCACGUACACACGGGCCCUGGGAGGGUUUAGUCAUGUACCCAGUCCAGAUAGCCUCGUUACCACAUUGCUAUCUCAGGGCUGUACCUUAGGGCAGCUUAUGAGAGUAGGGAAGGCAAUGCACAUUCCAAAGACGGGAAGCGGGUGGGGGUCUCCCAAUUGUUAGGUCCAGCUCGCAGGUCAACUGGAGGUCUUGUCUUCUUGAUGACCUUCCCCCAAAACCUGCCUAUAUAUUCUUCUACCAUUUGCCAAGCUGUCUGAUGCUUCUGAGUUUUGCACUUGUUUUUUUCCUGCCAGCAACUUGGUCCUCAUUGCCGUUCACAUGCUGGCUCUCUCUCAUCUUUCAGGACUCAACCUAAAACUCACAGGAGACAUCUUAUUUCAUUCAUAGAAAUUCUCAUUAUCUGUACUUAUCCUCAGAACACAUUUAUUUACUUGUUUGCUAUCCAUAUGCCCUACCAGAAUGUAAACUCCAUAAGGGCAUGGAUUUUUGACUUCUUUAUUACUGUAUCUCCAUUUCCUAAAACAGUGCUUGGCACAUAAUGAAUACACAAUAAAUGUUUGUUGAACAAAUUGGUUAACAGGUUGCAAAUAUUUUCCAAUUUUUAAUUUGCAUUCUAACUUAUUUAUGGCUGAAUCAUAUUCUAUUUUCAGAUAUUGAAGAUAAUUCAGAUUAUAAUAGAAAUAUUGGAUAAUAUAGAAAAGUAUAUGAAAUAAAAUGAUUUCUUAUCUAGUCACUUAGUAUAUAACCCUUGUUGCUGCCAUUUGGGGGCACGUGUACAUUUUCUUGUGAAAAGUUAUAAUUCUCGGGUAUAUACUUUAUAACUUUUUAUUCAUGAAGUGUGUCAAGAACACAUUUCCAUGUCUUUAAAAUGUUUUAUUCAUGUUAAUGCCAUUCCAUAGUUUAUUAAAGUUCUUCUUUGUGGCUGAAAAUAUAAGUUAUUUCUUAAAUCUAUAAAAUGAUACAGUUAUGUACACCUUGUGUAAUACUAGGCAUAUUUAUGAUUAUCUUAGAAUAGACUUACAAGAAAUGCAAUUACUUGGCCAAAAUGUAUGUACGUUUCUUAAUGUUUUAAUACAUAUUGUCAAAUAUUUCUUAAACAAGUUUUAGCAUUCUAUACUUCCUUUAGCAGUAUGGGAGAGCUUGUUCACUCAUAUGCUUAAAUACUGCAUAUUCUGUAAAGUGAAUUUUUAUUGCCAGUUUGAUAAGAGAAAACUUGUAUCCCCAUGUUUAAUUUCAUUUCGUUGUUAUACAGCUGAACAUUAAAAUAAUCUUUAUUCAAUUUGA